CCGCCACAUCAUCCGCCGUUUUGAGCUCCGCGAGCACGGAAGGAUCCUCUUCUUGAUCUGCCUCGGAAAGCGGUGGCUCGGGUGAGGAAGACGGUGCCUCAGCACCAGGUGGUGCAAUGGGAGAAUGGGCAGAUCUUCAUGCACAGGGAUUGUGCGCACGCCGAGAUAGGUGAUGUCGUCGUUGUCUGGUUCCUCGUGCACAGUGGGAGAUGGGGAGCAGCGGGAGGCGGAUGCGAUGGGUGCUCGGGUGAAGAAUGAGCCAAUUGGAUGUCUCUCGCCGCCGCUGAUAUCGAGCCUCUCCUAAAUUCGCUCAUGACCUUCUGCCGCUUCCGUCUCACUUCACGAUCCGAGUCUCCGCCGAUUCCAUAAGGUCCCCUCUUCUUCCCUGCCUUUGUGUCUCGAUCUCCCGGUCCAUCCCACGCACGCUCUGCCCCGGACAUUGACGACACAAACACAGUCUGUGGAGCUGCAGCCUCCCCCCAGGAGCUGGGCAAAACAAUUCGGAUCGUCUCAUCCUCUGAUUCCGACUCGUCUGACCCACUCUCGUCGCUCUGUUCCGUCCAAUUGGAGUCGGUGUCAUUAUCUGCCAUCUCUAUGUCAGUCGCAUCGACAUCACUCUCUGCGCGAUCUGAGGAGCCUUCGUGGUCGUUUUCGAGUGUCCUGGUUGACGCAAAGGUCCCAUUGGACGUGCGGAAGCGUUCAGAGGCCGUUUUUCGUCGACCCAUGGUGUGUGGUAGAGGGUGGGAAGAUAAUUCCUUUUUGGGAUGGCCAAAUCGGAAUGACAUUUUCCGGAGUCACGAAUUUCGAGAUUCUGCUCCAUGGGGUUC